AUUUUUAAUUCUGUUUAAAUUAUAUGUUGAUAAAAAAUAUAUAAAUUAAUAAAUGCCAUCAAUUAAAUAAAAAAAAAUGUAUGGAUAAUCAAUAUAAACCAGGACAUAGUAACAGAAGAAUUUUAACCAGCCAGUUUAUUAUGUCAAAGGCAAGGGCGUUUAUAAGAAAAAAGAAGGGUUUAUUUAUUUCCAACUUCAUUUUAUUCAGUCUUGAUCUUUUGGAAAUUUGACAUUUCUGGAAGAAAAUUUAAAAUUAUCAGAAUCAUCUUGUUAUUAUUUUUAAUUAAUAUCACAUAGAAAUGUCGACAUUUCCAGGAUCUAUCGCCUUUGAUGAAUAUGGGCGCCCCUUUAUAAUUUUAAGGGACCAAGACAGACAAAAAAGAUUAACCGGAAUCGAUGCAUUGAAGUCACAUAUUUUGGCUGCAAGUCAGAUUGCUCACACAGUUAGUACUUCUUUAGGACCAAAGGGUUUGGACAAGAUGAUGGUGUCACCUGACGGAGAAGUUACGGUGACCAAUGAUGGCGCUACUAUUUUGAAAAUGAUGGAUGUUGAGCAUCAAGUAGCUAAAUUGUUGGUUCAGUUAUCCCAGUCUCAGGAUGAUGAAAUUGGAGAUGGAACAACGGGAGUUGUAGUUCUAGCAGGAGCUCUUCUAGAACAAGCAGGUACUCUAUUAGAUCGUGGUAUUCACCCAAUUAGAAUCGCUGAUGGUUUUGAACUCGCCUGUCAGACAGCUGUAGAGCAUUUGGAAAAAAUUGCCGAAGUAUUUCCAGUUUCUGCUGAAAAUACUGAGCCUCUAGUUAAAGUUGCAAUGACCACAUUAGGAUCUAAAAUCAUUAAUAAAUGUCACAGACAAAUGGCAGAAAUCGCAGUUAAUGCUGUUUUAGCUGUGGCUGAUUUAGAACAAAAAGAUGUUAAUUUUGAAUUAAUCAAAGUUGAAGGAAAGGUCGGUGGUAAAUUAGAAGACACAACAAUGGUCCGUGGCGUAGUCAUAGACAAAACAAUGUCUCAUCCCCAAAUGCCAAAAGAGCUUAGAAAUGUCAAACUGGCCAUUCUCACCUGCCCCUUUGAACCACCAAAGCCCAAAACCAAACAUAAGUUGGAUGUUGCCAGUGUAGAGGAUUACAAAGAAUUGAGGCAGUAUGAACAAGACAAGUUCAAAGAAAUCGUUAGUCUGGUUAAGAACGCCGGCGCCACAUUGGCCAUCUGUCAAUGGGGUUUUGAUGAUGAAGCCAACCAUUUGCUUUUGCAACAGGAGUUGCCGGCCGUCAGAUGGGUGGGCGGUCCCGAAAUAGAACUUAUCGCUAUCGCGACCGGCGGUAGGAUUGUGCCGCGAUUUGAGGAACUUAGUCCUGAAAAACUUGGUUAUGCAGGUUUGGUAAGGGAAAUAUCCUUUGGUACCACCAAAGAUAAGAUGAUGGUGAUAGAAGAAUGCAAGAAUUCCCGUGCCGUGACUAUUCUAGUUAGAGGCGGUAAUCAAAUGCUGGUAGCUGAGGCUAAGAGGAGUCUACACGAUGCGUUAUGUGUCGUUAGGAGUUUAGUACAGGAACCAAGAGUAGUUUAUGGUGGAGGUGCAGCGGAGAUCGCCUGCAGUUUGGCAGUAGCAGCCCAAGCUGAUCAACUGGCAACUUUGGAGCAAUACGCAUACCGCGGCUUCGCCGAAGCUUUAGAAAGCAUCCCGUUGGCUCUCGCCGACAAUAGCGGUCUUUCUGCCAUCCACACCUUAGGAGAAAUCAAGGCUAAACAGUCCGCCACCGGAGAUCCAGCCUUGGGCGUGGAUUGCAUGAACACCGGCAACAUCAACAUGCGUGAGCAACAUGUUACUGAAUCUGUUAAAUCUAAGCGGCAACAAUUGCUGUUGGCCACGCAGUUGGUGAAGAUGAUUUUGAAGAUCGAUGAUGUACGUCAGCCCGGCUCUGGUUAAAAACAUCAACGUUUUCGAGGAAAAAAUCUGCUUUAAAAAUAAACAAGUUUCUGUAAUUCUCAUUUAUUAACGUUCAAUGACGUGUCACGUUUGUAACUGCUUUUUUGUCUAAACCAUUUAAUUUAUAGUAUUAAAUAUUUAUAGAAAAUGAA